GGAGGGAGCCGGAGCUGUCACAGGCCCCGGGUCCGCCUGACCGAGCCAAGUAGGGUGUCAUGGCCGCGGGGGGCAGCGGCUGCACUUCCUCUGCGGGCGGCGGCGGCGGCGGCGGCGGCCGGGGAGUUAAUCCUCGACGCUCGGGUCGGUCCCGUUUCCCUCUGUGCGGCGGCCGGCGGGACCAUAAGGGCUUAACUCAUAUAUUUAACCCCCCUCCAAAAAGGUUUGAAAGUAUUCUUGAAGGGCUGUUUGGACCUGCAUUAUUAAAAGAUCUCAGUUUAUUUAAAGACUGUGAACCUGAAAGCAUUUCUGAUUGGACUUUUGAUGAAAAUUGCCUAUUCUGUUGCUUGAGAAGAGAUAAAGUAAAGGGACACUUAGUCGGUCUGGAUGAACCAGCUUCGGGAGCUGGGCAAGAAGCUCUGCUUAAACAAGAGCAAGCAAAAAUCAUUCGAUUCGAGAGACAAGCAGAAGAGUUCCUCAAUGCAGUCUUUUAUAGAAAAGACAGUCCCUGGGUCUCCGACCCCAAUAUUCCCCUAGUGGCCCGUGAGAUCAUGCAGCGAAUGAUCCAACAAUUUGCUGCUGAAUAUACCUCAAAAAAUAGCUCUACUCAGGACCCCAGCCAGCCCAAUAGCACAAAGAACCAAAGCCUGCCGAAAGCAUCUCCAGUCACCACCUCUCCCACGGCUGCAACUACUCAGAACCCUGUGCUCAGCAAACUUCUCAUGGCUGACCAAGACUCACCUCUGGACCUUACUGUCAGAAAGUCUCAGUCAGAACCUAGCGAACAAGACGGUGUACUUGAUCUCUCCACUAAGAAAAGUCCAUGUGCUGGCAGCACUUCCCUGAGCCAUUCUCCAGGUUGCUCCAGUACUCAAGGGAACGGGCGACCUGGGAGACCCAGCCAGUACCGCCCAGACGGACUUCGGAGUGGUGAUGGGGUACCUCCAAGAAGCUUACAGGAUGGAACCAGGGAAGGUUUUGGACACUCCACAUCACUCAAAGUUCCAUUGGCUCGAUCCCUGCAGAUUAGUGAAGAGCUACUGAGCAGAAACCAAUUGUCCACAGCUGCCAGCCUUGGGCCAUCUGGAUUACAGAAUCAUGGACAACACUUAAUAUUAUCCAGGGAAGCCUCUUGGGCAAAACCACAUUAUGAGUUCAACCUCAGCCGUAUGAAGUUCAGGGGAAAUGGUGCACUCAGCAACAUCAGUGACCUUCCUUUUCUUGCAGAAAACUCUGCCUUUCCAAAAAUGGCACUUCAAGCAAAACAAGAUGGAAAAAAGGAUGGGAGCCAUGCAUCUCCUGUAGAUUUAAAGAUACCACAAGUUCGAGGAAUGGAUCUUUCUUGGGAGUCUCGCACUGGUGAUCAGUACAGCUAUAGCUCUUUGGUAAUGGGUUCACAAACGGAGAGCGCGCUUAGUAAAAAGUUAAGGGCUAUUCUUCCAAAACAAAAUAGAAAAAGCAUGUUAGAUGCUGGACCCGAUUCUUGGGGCUCAGAUGCUGAGCAGUCUACCUCUGGACAGCCAUAUCCCACAUCGGAUCAAGAAGGAGACCCUGGCUCCAAGCAGCCUCGGAAGAAAAGAGGGCGUUACAGACAGUACAACAGUGAGAUACUGGAGGAAGCAAUCUCAGUGGUUAUGAGUGGAAAAAUGAGUGUUUCCAAAGCUCAGAGUAUUUAUGGGAUUCCCCACAGUACACUGGAGUACAAAGUAAAGGAGAGGCUGGGCACUUUGAAAAACCCUCCAAAGAAAAAGAUGAAAUUAAUGAGGUCGGAGGGGCCAGAUGUUUCUGUAAAGAUUGAAUUAGAUCCCCAGGGAGAGGCAGCACAAAGUGCAAAUGAAUCAAAAAAUGAGUAGGAAUACUGUAGAGUGCCAAUUACUGUACAAACUGGGUGAGCACUACUGCAUUGUUCAGCUAUCAUUGCUUGCACCUGACUUCAUUUACUGUGACACUUGUUUCUUUGCAGAUUUUGCAUUGACUUGUGUGUACAGAGGUGAAAGGUGCAUUCUGAAUGUUGCAUAUUUUAAAAUUUUCAUGUGCAGUAUGGCUCGGGAUAUUGUUUGGCCUUUUUGCAUGUUUCUCUACAAAAGAGAAUUGAGUUACCUCACGGAGAACAGAUACAUGGAAGUGGACUCCUUGCCUGUAGAGCCUGCAUGCUUUUCUUUUUUUCUUUCUUUCUUUUUUUCUUUUUUUUUCCCUCUUAAGUUAUAUUUGCCUUUAUUUAAAGAAAAAAAAGAUAAAAAAAAGCCCCCUUUUAGAAACCACCUCUGUCAAACUGGGAGCUUUAUCAUUACAAAUUAGAAAGCCAUCUUAUAAAAUCAUUCAUGUUUCUCUUCUGCAUUUCAACUAAUUGAAAGAUUAAAGAAAAAUAUCCUAAGAACAAUGAACCUUCGAAUUUAAGAAAUUUGGUUAUUCACUGUAAUUAUUUAGGUCAAUUUACAUUUUAUGAUUUUGUUCUCACUAUUAAAUUUACUUAACAAAUCAGCAAUCUGUUUAGUGCUCACCCAGAGGGAAAGGAGGUGGAAAAUGUGCACACACUACCUUCAGAAAUGCUUCGGUUAAUUCCUUUGUAACACUACCUUUGCUGUAAUUUUCUUUGGGAUUUUCUAAGGGUAGAAUUUGGUCUCACCAACAAGUGAGGAUAUAGCCUUAUCUCAUGGAGGACGAGCUCCGUUCUUACUCAGGAGCAGUCAGGGUACAUUACAUAAAACAAUAGAGGAUGCCUCAUUUUAACAGUUUCUUUGUAUUCUUAAAACCUUUUACAGAUUGAUCAUGUGCUAACUAACAACUGGAUGUCAUUGCAGCAAGUAGUUUAAUAUAUUCAAGAUCUGUUUAUUGGGGAAAGGGAGAAGUAAGGAAAGUGUGUUUAAGUAAUUACAAUACUGCAAAAGUGGUAUCUAGAUUUUACAGCCUCAGUAGUCUGCCCAAAUAUCCACAUGAAUGAAGGAUCCAUGUUUGUGGUGAGAAAAAAAAAAAAAAACAACCAAGGCAACCUAAUAUGAUUUAGGUUGCAUUUCACAUCUAAUGAUAAUCCAAUCAGCAUCAAGCUCAGAAUUUCUUUUUUAACUAAUCCAGGUACUAGUACAAGGGGAGAGGGGUUGUUUUUUAGUUUUUAUUUAAUUUGUUGCUUUCAAUUUUUCUUCUUCUUCUUCUCCUUCUCCUUCUCUGGCAUCCUGCAUUCUAUCCCCUUUUUAACUUUUCCUGAUAUUUCGCUGAUUUUCAUGGUUGUUUAGCACACAAUUCAGGACUUUUCAGAUCAUGUUUAUAUAAGCACUCCUUGAAGAGCAUCUAAGCUUUUUUUGAGAUGGGCUUUUCAAAUUAUAGUAAUGAAAUUCAUAGUAUUUAUUUCCUACAAUUUUUUGCAAGAAUAACUGAUAAAUAAAGCCCAUAAAAUUUAAUUUUGACUUUUGACCAAAUUAAAAUUACUCUCGGUGUAAAAACAAAAUCCAUGCCACACACACCCCAUCUAAUCUAAUCUGCUGAGAAAGGUGGUCAGGCCCUUCUAAAUGCUUAACCAAAAAUAAGCAAAAAGUCAUUGGAAUUUUUGUAUAAAAUAAAGUAAAACUUGGAGCAUUAAAUUGAGGCCAGUGAUUUCAGAUGGAUACUAAGAGUUGAAGAGAAGUAGGUCCAGAUAUUCCCAAAGCAUAAAUUUUUGCCUGGCAACUUUGGAGCAGUUAAUUAGGUUAAGGAUAGUUUUUCCUCAGCAACCUAUUUCUUCAAAGGUUAGGCACACCAUUGCUGUUAUUAAAAUACAUGCACUGCUCAUUCUCGACAUAGCCUGGGCUUGGGUUUCUCUUUUGGUUUGGUUAUUUUGUGUAGCAGUUUAAUCUGUGGAUGACUGAGCCUGUUUCCUCUUAGCUUUCUGGUCUUCUCAACAGAAAAAGCAGCUUGGGUUCAAAGCAGUAUGUGACUCUGCAAUAUUUUCUAGCCUAGCUAGAAGUUGCAAUAAAAAUAUUUUAUGAAAUAUAUGGUUUUCAUCUGCAGUUGAAGGAAGUUGUAGAAAGUUUGCUGAAAGCAAAGGGCUAAGCUUGUGAAGGAAUGCCUCCUUUGUUCCAUACUCAGUAAUUUGUUACACACAAUUAAUUGCAGCCAUGGUACCUUUUUGCCCGAUGUUUGGGGGUAUUCGGUAGCCGGAAUUCCUGCAAAAGGGUCCUUUAAGCAAUUAAUUUGUGCUUGCUUUUAUCCCCUCUCAGAAAGGCAUCAUUAAAGGCCCAUUUAAAAAUCUGGCCCUAAAAGUUCAAUUUUUGUAGUUUUACUGUUCAGAGAGGUUUAAUCCUGUGUGGUAGUCUAUAAAGUGAUGUAUGAGUUGAGUUAUGUAAAUUUUGUCAUUGUAGUGUACAUGGAGUGAUCAUUUUACUAACAUAAAUAUUUUCUAUGUGUGUUUCAGUGGAUGACAAUCGAGCAGCAGAAGAAUGGUGUGCCUACCCUUUAAUGCUGCAGUUUAAAUAAGAGAACUUGUAUUGUGUCAUUUCAGAUUGUAGGCUGAGACUUGUAAAUAGUGAAAAUUUGAGUACUUCUAUUAUUUGUUUUGGUUAGAAAGUGAAUUUAAAAACAAACCAAACUCUAAACUUUCUCAGAUUAAAAGUCCUGAGACCUGAAGAUUGUAAUAUUCAUGUCUGUGAAGCUUUUAAACAUUACACGUGAGAUCAGUCAUGACUUGAUAUUCAGGUAAAUUUUCUUUUCCAAGAAGCUUUUGAAUAAGCAUAUUUCCUCCAAAGGUCGGUCGGUCUCUUUCUCUCUCUCUCUCUCUCUCUCUUUUUUUCCUUUUUGAGUGUAGAUUAUUUUAAAGCACUAAUUGCAUUACAUUGGUAACUGCAAUAUAAAAUAGCCAUUAUUGUUUUGUGAAGCAUGGUUGAAAUUAGAUAGUGGUCCCUUUUAAAUUUCAUGAGCCUCUCAGAAAAAAAUAAAAAUCUUAAAAAAAAUACAGAAAGCUGCUGAAUAUUUCAAAAGAUAUAUAUUUUACCUUAUUGUAGGUUUUGUAAAGUUAGUUGGUAAUAUUCAGGUGCACUUUUAAUGUUAAAUUUUGUGUUCAGAUUUCCAUUAUACCAUGUAUUUCUUGGAGGUGGCUCAUCACAUGGCUGGCUGUCAGUCUUGGUGCCGCAGUGAUCUUUUAAUAUUUGAUUUCUCUCUUGAUUUGCCACUGUUCUGUAUUGGCACUUUCAGUGUAGAUAUUCUAGUUUGGGGACGUCCUCAUCAAUGUGUAAUAGAGAUUGGUCUAUUCGCAUGCUUAAUUUCUGCUGAUCAGAGUUUUGCAUGGCCCAAACAACAGUUGACCAUUUUUAUGGUAUGGGAAAGUAUAGUUCACAGCGGUCUUUGUCACAAAAGCCUUUUCUCCUAUCAUUUUCCAGUAGGCAGAUGAUGACAUUACUCAAACUAAUGUUAGGAGAUAAUGUAUUGAAAAUUCAAUUCUUGAGUUUUUUAUGAGAGAACAUUGGUAUUGUAGAGUAGAUAUACUAUGGCACUAUAAAAUCAAAAAUACUAAAUAAUCCUGUGGAAGGAUAUCUAGUUGGUAUUUUUAUCAUUAGCUUUCUCAUGUCUCAGACAGUAGAGUCAUGAAGCUUGACAGAAAUGUAAUAUAUUAUAUUACUUUGUUCAGUAGGCUUUCAAGUGACUCUUGAACUAUGUUUGUGAUGAGCUAUACACUUUUUUCUGCUCCCCAAAUACCAUGAAGGACUAGGUCUCUCUUUCAAGAAACAUAAUUUAUAUUUGUGUAUAAUACUUUUUAAUAUUAAGUUUGUUGUUACUCUGAAGUUUAGGUGUUGCUUGAUAAACCUUUGCUGCAGCAGAUCAUGAAUAUGAGUAAGGCUUUGUGUGAUGAUAAUAGGGGUCCUUAUGUGAAGUAAAUUACUGUUCAGUUCUGGUGAGCAAGCUCAACAAGUGUGAAGUGUGUAUUAGCUUUACUUGGUACACUUUUACUUUACAAUAUUGAAGUGCUUUUAGAACUCUGGUUAUCUUAUAUAAACCAUUACCUCAACCAAUUGGCAUUUUCAUUCCCCAACAUUUUACCUGAGCUAUAAUAUGAGCUAUAUGGGAUCAGAUAAUAAAACAAUAAGGCACAAUGAGAAGUUAAGUUCCCAAUUUUCUGGAGAGAACUCUAUAAAUUAGACUAAAAAUGACUACCUGCAAAGGCCCAUAUCUUAACUACCUUCUGUCAUUAGGCAGUACUUAGCAACCUUUGAGCUGCUAGUGAGCUAUGUGUUCUCCCCCUGCUCAAAUAAGCACAUGGUGCAAGGCCUGGUUCUAAGACUUUGUGAUUCUCUUACAUUUCAUUGACCCAUAUUAGUAAAGCUUGGAUUCAGUUGGUUAUUUUUAUAAAAAAAAUUAAUGAUUCUGUCCAAUGUCAGAACCUGAAAUUAUUUUGAAGGGUUUUAACAGAUAAACGACUGGUCAGUGUCAUUUUCUUUAACAGCUGUUGUCCCCAUAGAUUUAAUUUUGAGACAGACCAUGUAUUUUUGCUUUUGUAAUAAUUCUUUCUUUAAAUGCUAGUUAUAUGAGCCACCCUUUUUCUAUAUAUUCAGGUUGCUGUCAUUGGUGAUAGAAUAUGGCAAUAGACUGAAUUGCUCCACUUAAUCUUUUAUGGAAAACAUUGAAAGUUAUAGGUUGAAUUUUGACCUUCAUUGAAGAUAUCAAAGAUUGUUUUCCUUGUUACCUUUACCUUUCUGUUGUAAUUAGGUCUUUAUUACUGUGGUCAGGCCAGUGCUAUUAGAAACUUAAUGGCUUUAGCCAAACGGCCCAUUUAGGAGACUAUUAAGCUAUAUAGGGGCUUAAAAAAAGUGAUUGCUUUCAAACUCUACUGAAAAGGAAAGAAGUAUAAUUCUGGUACAAGGAAUGCAGACCUGCAAAGUCUUAGUUUUCUUUGGAUUCAUUCUGUCCUUGAGACUUACAGGAUUUGUGACAUGGUGACUGAAGGGAAAAUAGAGGAAAUUCUCUGCCCAUCCUCUGUCUCUCGUUCCCAGAUAAACUCAAAGUUGCCUUUUGAAAAAGCAGACAUUAGCCCUGUAGCUGUGUGCCCUAAAUGUUAUGAAGGAGAUUGGGGGAGGGGGGUAAGGAGUAGGAUGGGAAAGUAUGUAGACUUGAGAAGAAGCUAAAGAUUCUCUUCUACAGUACUAACAAUGAGUCGCAGGAUAGAUAAUGUAAAGUUGGGCCACCUUCAUUUCAUGAUAGAGAAAUCUUUUAGAUGAUUUGAAAAUGAGAAUCAAGACUAAUUAAUGUUGAUUUGACAAUAAAACAUGAGUUAAUUCUGCAACUAUUUGGGGGGUAAUUUUAAGGUUUCCAGUUCAUUUAGAGCUGUGUCGAUAAGCGCUGAAAAACAAGCACUUUUAGUUAAUCAUUGAUUUAUUGGAUGUAGCAAAUAUUAUAAUCAUAAUAUUUAAUCUUUAUAGUUUGAAUAUGGAAAUGAACUCUUUACUCCAUCUUGAACUGUCUUUGAACAGACUCAAGGUGAUCUUUUCAACACUGGAAAUGACCCUACACACAUACCAAAAAAAUCUAAAGCAGUAAGACGUAUUUGAAGAUCCAUACCUCUUAGACUUUUUAGAUUUGUCUUGGGAAAGAAUUUAUGAACCUAUAACCAGUAUUAGUGCAGUCUUGGGUUCCUUGUUCUGCAUAAUUGCACCCUUUCUCAGGUAUGUCCUGAAAACAUAAAUUUUAAAAUAAUCUCUUUAGAGAUUAGAUUCUCAG